GCCAAAGAGGCUCCCAGGAAGAAGAAAACCUUGGAGGAUGAUUCGUCGCUGAAGGAGAACGAGGCUCUGCUCGCUCAGAAUGAGUAUGAAGAAGACAGCUCAGAUGAGGAGGACAUUCGCAACACGGUGGGGAACAUCCCCAUGGAGUGGUACCAGGACUUCCCACACAUCGGGUACGACCUGGACGGCAAGAAGAUCUACAAGCCCAUCCGGAACAAGGACGAGCUGGACAUGUUCCUGGAGAAGAUGGAGAACCCUGACUACUGGAGGACAGUCCAGGACAAGAUGACGGGCGCGGACAUCAAGCUGACGGACGAGCAGGUGGCCCUGGUGCAGCGGCUCCAGAAGGGGCAGUUUGGGGAUGUUCACUUCAACCCGUAUGAGCCAGCCGUUGACUUCUUCAGCCACGAGGUGAUGAUCCACCCGGUGACCAAUCGUCCGGCCGACAAGAGGAGCUUCAUCCCUUCCCUCAUCGAGAAGGAGAAGGUCUCCAAGCUGGUCCAUGCCAUCAAGAUGGGCUGGAUCAAGCCUCGGAAGCCCAAGGAUGACACGCCCACCUACUACGACCUGUGGGCCCACGAGGAUCCCAACUCCAUCCUGGGCCGCCACAAGAUGCACGUCCCGGCCCCCAAGAUGAAGCUGCCUGGGCAUGAGGAGUCCUACAACCCCCCCCCCGAGUACCUGCUCAGCGAGGAGGAGGUGAGGGGGGGUCCUGAGAGGGAGCAGUCGGUGCUGCUGGUCAACCCCUGCCUGGGGGACAAGCUGCUCUACGGGGCCACGGACCAGCUGCUGGAGUCCUACGUGGCGCCCGAGGAGGAGCGAGCGCAGCCGGUGCGCUGGGCACUGCCCACCCCCCAGGAGCAGGGCAGGGGCAUCCGCCUGCUGGUCAACGUGGACCCUGAGGACCUGAUCCCCAAACUGCCCAAGCCCCGGGACCUGCAGCCCUUCCCCACCACCCAGGCCCUG